CACUGUUAAAAACCCCGAGUUUUAAACGUCCGGGUUAGCGGCUUGAAGCGCUAGAGCCGAAGACAAAUACGUCUUAGGAUCUACCGAACACUAUCCUAUUGAGCCUGCGAUUUUCUUUUCUCUGCUCACUAUUGUUGUUAUUUCCCCCUCCCUUUUGCCCUUAGCACUAUCAAGCCAGUCAUCAUGUCUGUACCGGCAUUACAGCGGGACACUGCCUUCCAGGUGCGAUCUUUGUUUCGCUCCUUGCUCCGUCAGUCGUCCCAGUUUUCUAAUUAUAACUUCCGCGAGUACGCCCGUCGGCGGACGAGGGAUGCUUUCCGUGAACACCAACGGGAGACGGAGGAUAGGAAGAUACAAGAGUUGAUCCAGGAUGGUUUACAGAAUUUGCGGAUGAUGAAGAGGCAAACCGUCAUCAGUCAGUUCUAUCAAAUGGACAGACUGGUUGUUGAAGGCCAGAAGACGGGUAAGCAAACUGGAAAGGAAGGGGAUAUUGUUCGCCAGAAGGAUACUGGUUGGGAUUAAUUGAGACUAAAAAGAUCACGAACAAGCGGUUGACACACCACAGGAGGUUCGGGAAGAGACUUGAUUUUUCUUUCUGAUGGGGACAGAGAGGAUGAUGUGAUCGAAUCCAAUAGACUCGAGGUGUUUCUUGUA